CCUGAUGACAAAAUAAAUGCAGAAAGAGGUGUCCAUUCUUCUUUCGAUCUUGGCUUUCCUCUCCUCGGCAGUUCGCUAUAUUUCUUCAAGGAAAUGCUGACUAUCUGGCUGUGAAAAUCAUGCCCAUGAACGCACAUUUUCCCCUUUCUGCUACGAAUCCCUUGCUCUAAUUGAUGCACACUAGCAGAAGAUGGCAUUAUUUAGAGUUUUAGCUCGCCUGCUGCACUCUUCUCCACGGCUUUCAGAAUGCUCUAAAGCGGGAGAAACCUCCUUCUUCCUCGUCCACUUGGAAAAGAGAGCGCUGAGAGAUGUCUCCAAACUACCACGCAGUGCUGCCCGUCUGUCUACCGAGGCUAAAGAAAAACGGUCGAAAGUGACUCGCAAAAACCAGGAGCAUGGCUCAGUACUGAACGAACUAAUGAACGUUAAAGAAAAACCCCGGCCUACGCAACUGACGGUAGGAGCUAAAGUGGUUCAGGCGGGGAAAGACUUCACCUAUCUUCUGGUAGUUCUUGGUGGUUUUGCCGUGGCCGGGUUCCUCCUGUGGUCGGUUGGCAGCGAGUUCUUCUCCUCCAACUCCCCUCAGACCGUCUACAGCAAGGCCCUCAAGAGAGUGAGACUAGAUCCACACGUGGUAGAGGCACUAGGAGGGCCAAUAUCAGGUCAUGGAGAGCUGAGGGGCAGAGGCAGAAGGAGAGAACCACUACACCAGGAGUAUGUGGUGGAAGGUGUAACCUACAUGAGGAUGAAGUUCUAUGUGAAAGGCUCCCUGAGAAGUGGGACGGUUCAACUGGACAUGAAAAAGAAUGAGCGGGGAAAGUAUGAGUUGAGGUUUCUUUUCGUUGAGUUGGACGGUGGACCAAUGAGGACCAUUGUAAUAGAGGACAAUCGGUAGAGGUCACACUAUCUUGUGAAUAGAGAUCUGUUUACACCAGAGACUAUUGGUCACAUAGCAUCAGUACAAAAAGACGUGAUUGUGUUAGUGUGAAUAGGGCUUUAUGGUGGGUACUAUGUGGUUCUGGAAGACAAAGGAUUUGACUUGAGACAGUGAGAACCAGAACAGUAGGGCGAUGGGCAGGUACUGUACCCAGGCCCACUUCAGUCGCUCCCAGAAGGCCGGUCUGUACGUGGGCACUGGAGUCAGGGAGCAAUAACUGGAGGCUUACUUCUGUGUAUUGCAUGAACAGAGAAUUGAGAAUAGUGCAGUUGCCUGAAGGCCACCAUAUAUACCAUGGAUACACUGUGCAACUAUUCACAAAUGGAUGGGCCAGUGUUACAUGAAAGGAGAGAGUUUUGUCUGUUUUGUGCAGGGGAAAGGUUGAGGCACUGCCAGUGGCAAAUUGUUGCUUACAGAUGCAAGGAAUGCACACAUUGAGACUUUUCUCUCAGUUUCACUGUUUGGUGGGGAAAUGAGUGCCUAAGUGUUGGCACAGAUUCUUCGCCCAUUACCUCAGUUUACUAUUUCUAUGUAGAGGUAAUGCAUUUGAGGAGGAUAUAGUAAGGUUUGGGAGGUGUAGUGGAUGUCGGCCUGCAGUCUAAAUCCUCCUCCACUGGAGUCAUACUGCCACACUGGGUAUACUGGGUGUAACACUGUCGUCAAUUCUCUGCGGUGGUAGUUAGAGAGAAUGCUGCUCAGUUGGUAGUCUUCCCACGACUGACUACUGGUGUUGAGUAGAGAGUCGUAGCUGUGACUCCGCCCACUGGCCCGGAGGGGUCGACGCUGGUUGAGGCUAAAGUCUCCGCCCACCCAGAUCCCGCUGGGUGUGGCCAGCGAGCCGAGUGUGAGACGUAGGCUACUGACUGCAUGUCCACUGAUGAAUAAGCCUGGGUAAAAUGGAGAGAAAAACUGUGUACAAUGGGGAGAUGUUUUGGUAUAGGAUUUGUAUGUAAAAAUUGACAUCCACAUUAUAUUUUCGC